AUGUCUUCCCUUCCCUUUAGCGCUCCGCCCUGGCCCAUCCCCGCGUCAGCAAAUCUUACAUCAUCCACUAUUUCCGUUGCUGACGGUGAGGUUGAGCGGCUGAAGACACUCCUCAAGCUGUCGCCCAUUCCAGAAGCUAACAUCUGGAAUUCGCGUGAUGAUGGUGCUUUUGGUCUUCCCAGGGGUACUUUGACAGAAUUGGUUGAGUAUUGGGCGAAUGACUACGAUUGGAAAAAGUGGGAGGCUACUCUCAAUUCAAUUCCGCAGUUUGACAUCACUGCCACUGAUGACGAUUCGAAAGACUACAAGAUCAACUUCUUGGCUUUGUUCUCCAAGAACCCAUCUGCUGUCCCCAUCUUGUUUCUUCAUAGCUGGCCUGGCUCUGUUGUUGAAUACCUCCCCAUCCUUCAGAAACUCAAAUCCGAGUACGACCCUGAGUCUCUACCCUAUCACAUCAUCGUUCCUCACCAUAUCGGCUUCGGUUUCUCUGAUACACCGCCACUCGAUAAGAAAUUUACUCAUAUCGAUAAUGCCCGCCUUAUGUCCAAGAUGAUGCAAUCCCUGGGCUUUGGCAAGACAGGGUACAUGACCCAAGGAGGUGAUUUGGGUGGCUGGACCGCACCUGUCAUUGCAAACCUCGAUCCUGCAUGCAAGCUCGUUCAUAUGAGUAUGCUCAACAUCUCGCCUCCUGCAGGUGAAGAUGUUGAGGAAGGUAUCAAGGCCGGCAAAUACACUCCCGACGAGUUGGAAGCAUUCGGCAGAAUGGGAGAAUUUCAAAAGAAAGAAACAGCCUUCAUCCAGCUCGAUGGCACCAAACCAGCUACGGCAGGCUACAUCUUCGGCAGCAACCCCAUCGCCCUCCUCGCCUGGAUCGGCGACAAGAUGCACCGCUGGUCCGACGAAACACCCUCCAAAGACCUCAUCCUAACAAACUUAGCGCUCUACUGGUUCACAGGCUGUUACCCUACCUCCAUCUACCUUCAUCUCACAGUUCUUGAGGAUCAUGAGCUCAUGAUGAAUGCUUGGAAGAGUCUCAAGGUACCGCUUGGGCACUCGGCGUUCAAGAAGGAACUUGUCACGGCGCCGGAGAGAUGGAUUCAGCAGACGGAGCAGGUCAAGUGGUAUAAAAUGCAUGACAAGGGUGGACACUUUGCUGCGCUUGAGGAGCCGGAUGCUCUUUGGAAGGAUGUGGAGGAUUUUAUUGGGGCGUUUUGGGAGAAGUGA